AACAACCAUUAACGCCUCCGGCGCCCUGUGACGUGUUUCGAAGUCAUGAGGUGGUUACUAUAAAAGAGGUAAACCGUUCGGUUUUUAACAUCUUUAUCUGUAAAUCGCACGGGACAGUAGGUGGAUAGGCAAUCAGUUCUUGAUCAGUCGUCUCGGCAGUCACACGCUGGGGAGAUAUUUUCAAGUAGGAGAUCAUUUUUAAUAUUGACAAAAUGUUUGAUAUAAGAAUCUUCACAGUACUGAUUGCAUUCGUAUCGCUGGAGAAUCAAUUUGUUUUAAGCGAUGUUGAUGCCGAUUAUUGCUAUUCUGUUGAUAAACAUCCGUAUUUGUACGAUGGUACCAAAACGCCUUAUUACUUUACGCACGGUACAAUAAAGAACUCCACUGUAUCAAACUGCGAACCAGUGCAAAUUUGGAUGUUAAUAAGACACGGAACGCGUUACUCAGGAAAAUCGGAAAUAAAAAAAAUGAAGAAAAUAUUGCCAGACCUUCAACAUAAUAUCAUAGAAAAUCAUGAAAAGCACGGAAGAGGCAGUUUAUGCAAAACUGAUGUCGAGAAUUUAAAAGCUUGGCAGAUCGAUCCAAAUCUUCAUAAAGAAACAGCGAAGUAUUUGACAAAGCAAGGCGAGGAGGAUUUAAAAUCACUCGCUGCUCGAUUUAAAAUUUAUUUCCCUCAGCUUUUGCAAUCUCAGUCAGACCCUAUACCAGAAAACAAGUACAAGUUCAGAUCGACAGAUAUUCAGCGAACUAUAGCUAGCAUGGACUUCUUCAUUAACGGCCUUUUCGGCGAUGUAUUUUUCAAUAAUACCGAAAUUGUACCAACAGAAAAAGAUACUUUGUUAAAGAUUUAUAAAAUUUGUAAGCCUUGGAUAGAAGUAGACAAAGAUCCAUCAUCCAAUGCUGAAGUUAACGCCUUCUUGAGUGGACCGGAGGUUAAACAAGUAGUUCAUAAAGUUAGCGAACGACUUGGUUUCCAAAAUGAUCUUCCUUUCGAGUCUGUUCUGUCCAUGUACACUGCGUGCGUAUUUGAAAGGGCAUGGUUCGUGGACAAACUAUCUCCUUGGUGUGCCGCUUUCACAGAGGAUUCAUUAAAAGUCUUUGAGUACGAAGAAGAUCUUCAUUAUUACUAUCACGCCAGCUACGGGCAACCUAUGAGCGCCAAGAUCGGAUGCAGACCUUUGCAAGACAUGUUCCAACAUUUCUCAAAAAUAGAGCAAGGAGAUGCAAAAGACGAGCCGCAAGGCAUCUUUUAUUUCACUCAUAGCACAAUGUUACAAUUAUUGUUAUCGUCGAUGGGAGUUGCGAAAGACUCUACGCCUUUGAAAGCUUCGAACUUCGCAACUAUGGGAGACAGAAAAUGGCGUACUUCCCACCUCGCCCCAUUCGCAGCGAACAUUGCAGCUAUUUUCUACAAAUGCGACUCCACGUACAAAGUUAAAUUUUACUUAAACGAAAAACCUUUGGAUAUGGAAGGCUGCAACAUGGGCGUCUGCGAUUGGGAUUACUUAAAGCAGAAACUGAAAACUCCUGGAUUCGAUUGCAACAUAGAUUUUUGUCAGAUCUGAAUUGCUGAAUGGUGAUUCGUAAGUUCUCUGAUUGUUCUUCUUCUCUCCGCUUUCAAUGUUAAACAAAUUCAACAAAUAAAGUCUACGCAGAAA